UAACUGUGCAACUGGAGCUGCGGGCUUUUAUUUUGAAGUAGCCACAGCGUGCAGUGUACCGGAAACAGAGAAGAAGAAGCAGGCCUUCGAUGUUGUAUUUGAAGGACGGUUUCAGCGACUACAGACUUACCUGGCGGAAAGGUGCGUCCAGAACCAGGAAAUAAAUUCGUCUGUCUCCUCUCAGUGGACACAGACUCUCUGCAGUCAGAGGUCGUCUCCUCCUACGGCAGUGAUGGCUCUGAUUUCACUGGAAGACCUCGAUGGAUUGGACGAUGAGCAACUGGAUGAUGACAUCGCCGACAACCCUGAAGCAAUGGACGAAGAUGACCAACUGCUGUCACACUGGCAGGCGGUUGCCAGCACCCACCAGGUGUCAGUUCCUCCAGAAAUGACCGGACCCAUACAUGAAAUGGCCCGCAACAGCCAGCAGAGGGAGCCCCUCCCCUUUGCUCCAAUAUCUUGCCAUGAGAAGAUGGGAGAGGUGCUCUAUGAGGAGCGGUUGUACUCGGCAGGACACUGGGCCUGUGUGACCAGAAGUGAAGAUCUGUAUGAGCAGAGCAUCUCGAUGGGCUUCAUGAAACUGAUGCGCUUCAUCUGUAAAGAAAACUCUGCAGGUCGGUACCUGGGAAUGACGGUGCCGGUGGUCAGUAACAUCCACAUGAUGGAGGAUGGAAACACAUUUGAGAAAAACGUCCAGACAGCUUUCUUCCUGCCCGCCGAGUUUCAGACCAAUCCCCCCCGACCCUCCGACCCUGACAUCACUAUUGUUUACAGAGAGCCAAUCAGAGUGAUCGUCAGGACAUUUUUUGGGACAACCACAGAGGAGACGGUGACCCGUCAGAUCAGUCUGCUGUGGGAGAUUCUUGGCGUCCAUGACGAACUCCACAGGGACACCUACAUGGUCGCUGUAUACGAGAACCCCAGCGUACCCCGCCGCAGGAACGAGAUCUGGUUCAUCAGGCGCAACCUGUAGGCGCCUUCCUAUCAUCCUCCGCUCCUUCAGCCCUCCUCCGCUUAUUGGCCGGAUUGAUGUGCUCAGUGGCCCAGUUCCUGUAGCUGAGUUCAGUUUGACCAAUCAGAGCAGGUUUAUGUUUGUUAGCAAGUCCUGACUAUAAGUCCCAGCCCCUGUCCCUCAUCUCUCUGACUAACUGACAUCCCAUUGGUUCACACGUUACAAUGAUCCCACAUCAACAGGAAAUACAUCACUUUAAUUUGUCAAGCUUUUGUCCUGGUGGGCUGUGAUCUGACCAAUCAGAUCUUCGGUGUGCACAUGAUGUCAGGGCUGAAAAGUGUUCUCACACCUGGCUCUGAAAAAGAAAGCAAUUUCAUGUUUCUGAUGCAGGCAAUCAAUAAAUAUUGAUCAACCCACAGUGUGGUAAUGUGCUAAUUAUAGUGACUCAUGUAAUUAAUCAAUAAUAAAUAUUCCAGACUCUCCAGGAGUGUUUCUAUUGGUCAACCUCUGACCUCCAGAGAGAAACAGGGAACACCCGUAGAACAAAAAAGUCAUGUGACCUUUACUGUGAAAGAUCAUCAGAGGCCGAAUCUCAUCACAUCAGUCUGAUCCCAGAUCAGACAGAAGUGUUUGUUUCAUUACGUUUUCUUUCCAGAGUCUUAAUUUAAUCCAUGAAACUUCAUUUGUACUACUGCACAGUUCAGAGUCCAGUUUAUUAGGAACACGUAUUGUGUAUUAGGAGUUCCUAAUAAAGUGGCCACUGAAAGCACACAGAAGGUUUAAUCGACACAUCUUCCUCCCUCUCUGCUAACUAUGAAGCCACAGCCAGCAGCCACUUAGCUUAGCUUAGCUUAGCUUAGCAUAAAGAGUGCAAACAAGGGGAAACAGUUACCGGACCUGGUCCUGGUCCAAGUUCUGUCCCUGGACUCAAAUCUGCAGUCCUGAUGAAGUUCAGCUGCUGCCGUUUCAGGACAGACGGGCGCUUGUGGCCAGUUUUAAUAUUCAGUUUGUGUUUGUGAAGAUGAAAGUAAAUAUUUUUGUAAAUGAAUCUGCAGCUUUUUUACAGUACACCUCGACCUGGUCGUUUUCCCCCUCUGAAGGUUGUUAAAGGUCCUGUGUGAAACGAGGAAGCUGUAGUGAUGGUUUACAGAGCAGACCAGGUGUGAACAGACAGGUGACCAACCCUCAGUAUCUUAAACUGACUUCCACACACGUGUUGUUCCUGUUUUUAUUCUUGAUGUGAAACAGUUUUUAAAAGAGCUUUGUGGUUUUUGGUGCCUGGUAUUUGAAAUUAAUCCUUCCUGUUCAGACUUUUUAUUGUGUUUUUUUCCUUAUGUUCCAACAUUUGUGCAGAAAAUAUUAAAGUAAAAUCGGAUUGAA